AUGCUGGUGGCUGUGUGGGAGGUACGUCUGCUAGGCGAGACUUCUUUGCUGGCUGGGUUGAUCGUGAUGGCUGUGGUGGAGGCCUUUGUACCGAGGUGUAUCUUAAUCUUGUGGCAGGCACAGAUGGAGGUGGAGGCUGCUGUAGUGAUGCUGGUCCUCUGGUCCUCGGUGGUGAUGGCUCUGGGAGCUUGGUACACACCUGGCCGAAAUCACAAACCUGCUACAGGUUUCCUGGAGGAGCGCUUGAGGAACGUCAGGAAGCGCAUGAGAAUGCUGAAACGACCACGCCACCAAAAACAACAGGAGGAACAGACACCUAGUACACCAGAAUCUGAUGUGCCUCCUGAAAAACUUCUAGAAAUGGUUGAAUGGAUGAAGGUCAAUAGGUAUCCAGUGUCCCAAGUUGAGGACUACAUGAAUCAAACAGCUCUACAGAGAGGCAAGUGGAUUCGCAGCAAUGGAUCUAAAAGCCUCCCGGAAAUCUUGACUGAGUUCCCUAGGCUUGUAGACAAUCCUGGCAUGAUAUCACAAGACUUCCAGCAGCUUCAUCCAGAGGCAGUGGGAAAACUGUUUCAGAACUGGGCUACUACGAGUGACCGAAUCCUUACAUAUGCCCAGCGAGAGGGAAAACUGCCCUUGGUGUUUGAUGACAUGACACCAGACCGAGCUUUGAAAGUCCUGCCGACUCUGCUUCCUCCAUCGGUCUACAAGAUUGGAGGAAAAGUCCACAGACCCACCAUAGAGGAGUCCCGCAAGUCCUUCAUUAAUAUCCAACCAGUGGGGACCAACAUGGUACAGUACCUACAGACAGCAGAGAGAACUCAACCCUUCCCGCACAUCUUGUGUCUUGGUGAUGACAUGACAACAUGCCAGACCUUCACCAUUGUGUCAGACAACGCCAUUGAAACGGACACUUUGCUGGGUGCAGUAGAUCUUUGUUUUAAGGCUUUCUUUGUGUUUGACAUCAAUUACACAAAGCAGUGUCUCCCUACCUGGGAGUUUAUCCAACAGGCAGUAUAUGAAAUUGAUGGACAUGAAUCCUCAAAUGUCAAAUUUUUGAGGACAUCAAUUGCAGCUUAGGCCUAAAAGUACACAGAGAGAGAAGUAGCCUUUUAGUGAUGUGAUUGUGUCAAACAAGUUGACAGCUGCUCUCUAAAAAUAUG